AUGGCUGUGGUUACUCGCAUCAUCACCUCGCCCCCUGCGACUAUUUUGCCCGAAGACUGGUUCUCCAAGGUUGCACCCCAGUUGAUCGCGCUGUUGGAUGGAAAUGAAGGCGCGGAGCUCAGUACAGCUGCCGCACAAAUCAUCAUGUUUGGAGUGUUGGGAAGGAAGCAGUUCGGCUCACCCGGUUGGAAUGUCUUUGUCGAGCCUCUAUUGCGCAACUUGAACCCUUCUCGGAAAGGCACAGGCGUUGCAGGGCGCGGAAAAACAGAGGGAACCGACUUCGUGGAUCUGAGUGAAAAGGCUGUCCUGGUUCCGGCAGACGAAAUCUUCGUAACCCUUCGGCGUAUGUCUUCGUUAAUCAACUCCACUCCAUACCCAGCGCAGACCAAGAGGAUGCUCGAUCCAGUUCUUCCACAGUUGUGGGCGAUAUCAUGCCAGAGCAAGGGAAACCAGCAGACAGAAGAGCGCUACUCAAAGCCAGCAAGAUCAUUGCUUCACACUUUCCUUAAAUUGAGUGUCUCAGUGUCUAAGCUGCAUCUGGUCAUUGAGAACCUGCUUUACGAAGGAGAAUUGAUGACGGCGCCCCGAUGGCGGUACCAGACAACCUCCGAUGGUCACCUUCAAAUAUCUGCUAUCCCUCUCGGCCAUGGCCCGCAAUUGCCGGAAUUAGACUGGAACGAGAUACAGGUUCGCUCCGAGUCCCUCAUGCGACUCAUGACAGCUAGCUGUACACCAGAGGAGAUAUCCUCCUUUUUCUUAGAACUCCUUGGGCGAUGGCUCCAGUCAACGAAGUCGGCCAAAAAGACGGAAGUGUUGCUUCGGGCAGAAGAUAGCCAGUCUGGCAACGAGAUUACUCAACUCUUGGAGAUCACAAUUCUGCAGAAGAUGCUGGAACGGAUUCCAGACAAGCUAGUCAGCCGUGUCACGCAAGUCUACGAGCUUGCUUGUCAAAUCCUAGAUCCCAGCGCCAUCCAAGACCAGCCGGAUGACAUUGUCGCAGUCGCUUUGAGCUUGCUCAACUUAGUUAUCACGGCUCCGAAUUUCAAAAGAUCCAGCCUCAAAGCUGAGGUCUUGCAAAGUCUUGAAACGUCACUGGAUAUACUUAGCAAGUCAGAGCGCUCAGAGGUGUCUCCUACGGCAAAGAACCUUACGCUUCUACUUCGAUAUCGUGAAGCGAUCGAUCCCGCGGAAGAAGAUGCCUUCGUGCCCACCGAUAGGCAAGUUGAGGACAGAAGGACAUACAAGCUUGCUUUGGAGUACAUUACUCAAGCAGACAAUCCUCCGCCAAUCCGCUCGGAGGGCCUCAACCUCAUAUCCGGUCUAGUGGCCUCCAACAGUAAUGUCCUGGAUGUGCAGGCCACCCUCGUUCUCUUUUCGUCUCUGCUUCAAGACAGUGAAGAUUUCAUCAAUCUCCGAAUCGUGAAGCUCUUCAUACAACUGGCUAGCAAACACCCCAAGGCAACCACGCAGGAACUUCUUGAACAUUACUUGGAUGCCAAGGAGACGUCAACAACGGAUGUCCGCUUACGAUUUGGAGAGGCUUUGGUUCAAGUAAUCGAGCGCCUUGGCGAAACCUUUGCCGGCGAUAUCGCAAAGCGAGUUUCCGAGACAUUAUUAUCGAUUGCUGGAAGACGAGGGCACCGGCCGAAGACAGAAGCUAAACAAGGUCGCGACCAGCGACUCCGGGAUAUGAAGAAGAAGCAGGCCGAAGACGCCUGGGGAGGAGACGUUCCUGACCUCAGUGACGAUCUGACUGAAGAGGAGCAAGUCAAGAAUGAAAUUUUGACCCAGAUCGUUGAGGGCUGGGAAAGCAAGAGGGGCAGCGAGGACGUCCGCAUGCGCGCAUCCGCCCUGUCUGUCUUCUCUGUUGGCCUUGAGACAAACAUCUCCGGUAUUGGUCCUGACUUAGUCUCCAUCGCCGUGGAUCUCUGCAUCAACGUUCUGGCACUGGAACGAGAAAUUGAAAAGGGUAUUGUUCGGCGUGCAGCCAUCUUAGUAGUUCUGGGAUUUGUCAAGGCGCUUGAUGCUGCGAAACAGUCAGGUCGUAGGCUCGGGUUUGGAUUGACAGACCAGAGCCGUGAGGACAUCACAAGGACCCUCAAAUACGUUGCCGUUACAGAUAACGAUGGCCUGGUACAACAGCAUGCUCGAGACGUCAUUGAGAGCUUGGAGGCCUGGCAACUUUCAUCCAUGGUUCCUUCGAACAUUCCGGCCAUGGAACCAAGCAUCGGCAGAUUAGCGGGCUUGACCAUCGACCAGGAUCGUUCACUUCCAUCUGUUAACACCAAGCGGCCUAGGAUAGAAGAGAUCGAGUAG